AUCAUUGUGUAAAUUGCUACUAUAUACUAAAAGAGCGAUAAUUAUUAACGGACAAUGGUUACGCCCCCAUGUCCCUUAACCAGUAGACAUGACAUGGUUAACCAAAUGACACUUUCCGGAAAUAUUUGACCCCCGAUAGUUGACAGGAAGGCUUAGAGUGUUAAGAACUAACGACAGUGUGUUGAAUCUAAGUAGUCUGCAUGCACAAAGAAAAGUAGGCAUCCGCAUUGUGCGUACGAAUGAAUGAGCAGGUUACUUCAAUUAUGAGAAAAAUUCGAACCAAAUUUUGUUAUAGUGUGUGACUCUGGAUAUCACAAGCAACAAAUCCACAAAUAUCACAGAUAUUGUCUUGUCAGAUUUACGGUCUUAAAACAUGGCCUUGUCAUAAUUUUCGAGAGAAAUUUGUUUCAGGCUGUGAUGUACAUGACAGUCGUGUAAGCUCUAUUUUCAAACGUAACUAUUUAAAUUUUUUUCAAGCUGUGUAGAAAGUUCGCGUAAUUCUGCAUUUACCACAUUUGUAAGAAGUUAUAGCUAUGAUUUAAUGCUGUCAGAUGUUCAUAUCAAAAUGUGUAUGCUUUGUUCCCAAAUGGCACCAUUGAAUAUUUGUUUUUCUAAUUUCAAAUGUUGGCUAGUUUGUUCAGAUUUGUUGUGCUGCUGUAGCUCUCCCUACUUCACUGUUGUGAUUUUAUGGUAAUGUAAUGUGAAACAAUAUGUGAGGCUACAGUUACAUUUAAAGUAUGAAACCUAAUAUAUUGAGCUGAAGAGCAGGGUGUACUGCAUCUGUUCAUCUGAUGUGCUUUUCUCCUAUUGCAGUGGUUCACUGUGUUAUUACUUGUGAUUGGUACUGAAAGUAAUUAUCUUUAUAGUUAAAUAAUGUGAACACUCUUUAAGCUGUGUGAUCUGCAUUUUCACUACAUCUCUAUGCGCUUGCCACUAUCAUGUUACAUUAGCUCUCAUCAUUUGGACUGUUGUUUUUAUCUUAAGCAUUUAAAUGUGUAGUGUAUCUCUAACUCAGAAAUAACAACAAAUAACUAAAAAAGUUCAAGUGGACUGCAUUAAAAAUUCAUUUUGUUCUGUUUGUGAUACUUCAUUCUUUAUUUAUAAGUGUAUAAGACCUUGUGAUAAAGUAACAGUGUCAUAUCAUCCGAUGGUGUCUCUGCAGACUGAACAUUCUCCAUAGAAUAUUGAAGAAUAACCAUGUUCGAAAUCAGGAGUCUGUUUGUCUCUUUAUUGUUGAAAACUUUGAUAGAACUCGCCUGAAACAGGGAACAUGUUAAUUUUGAUUUAUUCUUGGCUUAAUGUGAAAUUUAAUCAUUGUGUGACAUGUGAUUUUUGCUGUUUGUGAAGGUUGAAGUGCACUUAUGGUGUAUGCAGUUCUUCCUCUGCGUGCUGCUAAUGGCAGUUUGUUUCUCAUGGUCAUAGCCAGUCAGAGAACCAUGUCCCAGCAACCAGAAUCUAGCUUGAAGACAGCUGAUGACCUGCCAGAUACUGUGCUACUCAAAAUCCUUUCGUAUCUGCCAUCGGAGUACUUGGUGCAUUUUGCAAGCAGAAUAUGCACUCGAUGGCAGACACUUUGUGGAGAUUACAGUGUUUGGCAAGGGAAAGAAUAUGUGGUCACGGACAUUGGUAUAACGAGAGAGGAUUCAGAAGUAGCAUGUGCUCUGCAGCAGUGUCCAGGUGUGCGACAUGUAAAAUUCCUGCGCCCAGUGAAACCAUCUGUCUUGCAAGCUGUUGGUUUUGAUGGCAUGCUUCAAACACUUGUCUUUCAUCCUGCACAGCAGAUGUCAACAGAAGUGUUACAUCAGUUAUUUGAGCGCUGCCCUCACAUUGUUGCUCUUGGUGUACCAUCUGAUGUUUUGAAGCGGUCUGAUUGUGUACAACUUGUGGCUAGCCUAGAACGCUUGCAGCAACUGGCUGUGAAAGCAGAGAAUCGAGCUGGUUUAAACUUAGGGAUGCUAAGUGAGGGUUGUCCACACAUCACAGAUGUUGAUGCUAUGGAAGUAGUGUGCAAUCCGGUGUCACUUACAUCUUUCUUAAAAAAGAAGGGUAGUCAGUUGCAUGCACUGUCAUUGUGUGGUAUGACCACCAAUGGGGAAUCAAUCUUGCCCCUACUGGAACCAUGCCACACAAACCUCAAGAAAUUAUGCAUUACUCUGGAGAAGGCAAGGGCAAAAGGAUUUUCCAGCACGCUGCCAUUGCUUGGAAGGUUUGAAGCAAUUGUAGAGCUUAAAUUACUGGAGGUACCUGGAAAAGUGUCAAAUGAAUUGACAGAAGCAUUUUCUGGAAAUGGACUACGUCAUUUAAAAUCUGCUUGCUUCAGAGAUAUGCAUGGAUUGAGAGGGGCACCACUUGCGGCACUCCUCCGUAAUCGACCAGAACUGCAACAUCUGGACAUUAGUGGGUGCAGGCAGAUUGAGGAUUCAGAUCUGGUUAUUGCUUUGAGUGCCACAGAACCAGACCCCUUACCACUACUUUCGAUAAAUCUCUCUUCUUGUGGCAAACUGACAGACACUUCUCUCAUUGAGGUGGUGCAGAGAUGCCCAAAGUUACAAGAACUGCGCUUAUGUGCCUGCCUUACCUUGGAAGAAAAUGCACUUCAUCCUCUAGCUGGAUUGACCGAUUUGCGAGUACUAGAUGUGUCAAGAUGUUACAACAUCAAGGAAUGGUGGAAACCACUGCUGGAGCUUCAUCAAUUAAGAUGGAUCGAUGUAAGCUAUUUGACUGUUGUUCCUGACCGCUUAGAACAGAUUAUCAAGCAAAAUAAAUUCCUACGCUACAUAGGACUGCAGUUUUGCAAUGGAUUUGAUGAGAUAACAUGUGAAAGAGUGCUUAAGGCAAAUCCACAAUUGGAGCUCAACUACGAUACUGAAUACAUUAAGCAGAAGUGGCAGCAGCCAAAUGAAUAAACUCUUUCAUUAUUGGAUUUAUGCAAUCCAUGAAUUCUAAAAGCGAUCUAAAGUUGGUUCUUAUUAAGAACGAUGUCAGUAUUAUCUGUCAAGUUCAUGAACAAUAAAAAUGAAUUAUUAUUUUUUACCCAAUAUUCAUAGAAAUUUAUGUGACAAUCCCAUACACUAAUUAAGGGGCUCUGAAAUUGAGUAGUGAGCCAUUAUUUUUGUAUUGUCUUUUUUGUAAUGGAAAUAAAAAUAUGUCUGUUGCUUGUAUAUAUUUUGACACCUGUUUUACUGAAAGAGAGAGAUUGAGUAUCUGAGGCUGUGAAUUGUUGGUAUAUCUAUUCUGCUUGCACUAUUGUAAAAAUUUCUUUUUUUAUCUUAUUUUGUAAGGUUCUGGAUAAACCAGUGUAAUGAACAAAAGCCUUUAAAAUAAAUGUGCAUUGUGCAGA